AUGCCCAAGCGCUGCUUCCGCGGCUCCCCGCCCCGCGGAGCGCGGCCCGCCCAGCCCGGGGCGGCCCCGGCACGUCCCGCCCGCAGCCACGGGGCCAGUCGUGGCGGAGCUGAGCUGAGCGGAGCGGCUGGGAGCGGGGCGUGGAGCAGGGCUCGGUGCGGCUGGGCGCGGGGGCUCGACGCGGCUGGGAGCGGGGCUCAGCGGGGUCCGGUCUGGGUGCGAGAUACCGUGGAACGACUCGUGGGCUUUGGGGACGGAACAAUUGUAAGCAGAUUUACAGCAAUGGAAGCACAUAAACCUGCCUCAGCACCUGGAUUUUUAAACGCUGGCUAUGUACCAGGAAAUGAAGUCCCAUAUGGCUACCCACAGCAUGCACCUGUCUCCCAAGGUGUUGCAGGUGCAGGGGGUUACGGCUUCCAGGUGCAGCCCAUGGGAGUGCCAGCUGGAGUUGCUGUUCCACCAAUCCAGAACCAGCCCAUCAUGCAUAAGGGGACAAUCUGGAUGGCUGUCCCUCCUCCUCUUCCCAACUGCCCUCCUGGACUGGAAUACCUCACACAGAUUGACCAGAUAUUAAUUCAUCAGCAAAUUGAACUUCUUGAGAUUUUGACUGGCUUUGAAACAAACAACAAAUAUGAAAUCAAGAAUGCCCUGGGGCAAAGAGUAUACUUUGCAGCAGAGGACACUGACUGUUGUACCAGGAAUUGCUGUGGACCAUCACGACCCUUCACCCUGCGGAUUAUAGACAACAUGAACCAUGAGGUGAUAACACUGCAGAGACCCCUUCGAUGUUCUUCAUGCUGCUUUCCCUGUUGCUUACAGGAGCUGGAAGUUCAGGCCCCUCCAGGAACACCAGUUGGUUAUGUUGUCCAGAACUGGCAUCCUUGCCUGCCAAAGUUUACCAUUCAAAAUGAAAAAAGGAUGGAUAUACUGAAAAUUACUGGCCCAUGUGUUGUCUGCAGCUGUUGUGAAGACAUUAAUUUUGAGGUGAAGUCUGUGGAUGAGACUGCUACUGUUGGGAGGAUUUCUAAGCAGUGGAGUGGGCUUUUGAAAGAAGCUGUUACAGAUGCAGAUAACUUUGGAAUCACGUUCCCAAUGGAUCUUGAUGUAAAAAUGAAAGCUGUCAUGAUCGGUGCUUGCUUCCUCAUUGACUUCAUGUUUUUUGAGCAUGCUGGAGAUCAGAAACAGCGAGCAGGAGUUUGGCAAUGAAAUCUAGAACUCUUUAUAUAAGAGGAAGAACAACAUAAAUCUCCCAAAUUUUCAGUGGGUCGCAGAGUUCCCAUAAGAAUGUGAGAAAUUGUGAUUGUAGCUGUAUUUCUAGAAACAAAGAGCUUUAUGGUUUGGGGUUUUUUUGUAAUCUGAUGACGUAAAUUGUAUUACUCAAAUAAGAGUAUUUGUACAGAUCAAUAAUAUAUAGAAAUAUAUAGCAAACUUUUUUUACAGAAAGGAAUUGGAAAAUAACUACAUAUAGUUGCUUUGAUUCCUAAAUAAAAGGACUACUUCUGUAUUAAAUAGUAAUAUAAGCAGUGAGUCUAAUAAAGAAGUCCUGACCUUUU